GAUCGUUGUGCUAUCAAAAUGCCUGAACCAGCGAAGUCCGCUCCGGCGCCCAAGAAAGGCUCCAAAAAAGCGGUGACCAAAGCACAGAAGAAAGAUGGGAAGAAGCGCAAGCGGAGCCGUAAAGAGAGCUAUUCCAUCUACGUGUACAAGGUGCUAAAGCAGGUCCACCCCGACACGGGCAUCUCGUCCAAGGCCAUGGGCAUCAUGAACUCGUUCGUCAACGACAUCUUCGAGCGCAUCGCCGGCGAGGCUUCCCGCCUGGCGCACUACAACAAGCGCUCCACCAUCACGUCCCGGGAGAUCCAGACGGCCGUGCGCCUGCUGCUGCCCGGGGAGCUGGCCAAGCACGCCGUGUCCGAGGGCACCAAGGCCGUCACCAAGUACACCAGCUCCAAGUAAACCGACUGUGAGGCUUCUCACACCCUGAAACAAAAGGCUCUUUUCAGAGCCACCCACAGAUUUCAUAAAAUGAGCUAUAGUCAUUUGCUUGGUCCAGGUUUAAAAUGCUGCUUGCGUUUCCUUGGCC